AUGGCACAACUCGAGGGCAAAGUCAUCGCAAUCACCGGCGCCGGGUCCGGGAUAGGAGCAGCGACGGCGCGACUGGCAGCAGCAAGAGGGGCGUCUCUCUCCCUGUGUGACAUCAACGAAGACGCCUUGACCAAAGUCGUCGCGGAGCUGAAGGGAAAAGGCGUCAACGUCAUCGGCCAGCGCGUCGACGUCUCCAGUUCCGACAGCGUCGACGCCUGGACCGCUACCACUGUCGAGCAUUUCGGCAGGCUGGACGGUGCGGCCAACAUCGCCGGGGUCGAGGGUGCACCUGACGGCAAGGUCUUUGCAAAGAUCGUCGACAUCACCAACGAACACUGGGACCAUAUCAUGGGCAUCAACCUCAAGGGACUGUUCUACUGUCUCCGCGCUCAGCUGCGUGUCAUGGACCGGGGAGCGGCCAUCUUGAACGUGGCCAGCAUCGCUGGACUGAUGGGUCGUCCGAACAUCGCCGCGUACUCGACUAGCAAGCACGGGGUGGUUGGUCUGACGAGGACUGCUGCAAAGGAGGUUGGCGAGAGAGGGAUUCGUGUCAAUGCGAUUGCGCCGGGCCCAAUUGAAACUCCCAUGCUGGACAGGUUGAGAGCCGACUCGGGCGCCAACAACCAACCUGUCACGGAAACGUACAAGACGCUCCCUCUGCAGAGGCUUGGUACUGCGGACGAUAUGGCGAAGACGAUUUGCUUUGCGUUGAGCGACGAUGCCUCGUUCACUACCGGUGCAACUUUCGCGGCGGAUGGUGGUAUAACGUGUUAA